GCCCAGCAAAAGCCAAGAAAAGCUACUUAAUCGUCGCUCUUAAGCACGCAAAUGGACGGUCAUGCUCUAGAAUAUCGGCUGCUUGGCAACCAAGACGCCAUGAAAUACAAAGGUUCCAUCUUCGCUGGUCUAGCCAGAGUGUGUGAGUUUAGGUCUACUGCUAUGCGCUCGUUCUGUCGCUGAGGAUGGACGAUCGAAACAUAUUGAGCCUCGCUAAAGACAAGAUAGACAAUCCACCAGACAAAAGUAGCCGCAUCUACAGUAGCGGUAAGGCUCUCUACACUUAAAAAAAAGGAUCCCCCAAUUUAUCAGUCCUAGUUUGGGUUACAGGGGACUUUUCGAGUCAGGUGCAUUGUGGGCGGGUGUCCACAGCCCCCUCCCCCUCCCUAUCGUCUCAGAGAAACAGGCCUCUAGCGCCUAAAUCAGUGGCGCCGUUGCACCCCAAAGGCUAACCUUAAUCUUGUCCCCGGCCCUGUUUGGGCCGAUUGGGGGCGGCGAGUUGCACUUUUGUUCGCCGCCGCCACUGUAACAAGGACCUCAGGGAACGCCAUGUGGCCGGCGUUUGUUGCUUCUAUUGGAAAGACGGCCCGUUGAUUCUACCCUCCGGUACAUCUGCAAAUUCAGCUCUAGCUGUUGUCUAUCUAGUUCGGCAAGUUUGGAUGACAGUGAGCGUUGCGCUGCGCAGGGUUGCAAUGAACGAGGUGUUCAUCAAUCACUGCACCAUGAUGAAGACAAAUUAUAGUUUAUCUCGUGUUAUAGGAGAUUUGAUGGCCUUCUGUAGCGGCCAGCCACUUUUCUUGUCUCCUUCUGCAUUCGGCCUUGCUACCGACAAGCAACGCUACAGCCCCGUCAGGAGAAACUACAGGUCAAUGUAAGUCGUGGCGGCCACUACCAGAAAGGCUCUGGCGAGUGCUGCAACCCACUCUGAAAUGGGCUCCUUGUCCUAUCUCUUGGCAGCAUUAGCCACUAAGCCAGUAUUAGCAACAAAAAUCAACUUGUGGAAAGGUUCCCCAGGAUUUGCGGGGAGUUAGCCUUGGACAAUGGGAGGGGAACGCUUGCUUGACUAGCAAUGUGCCCCCCAAUGCCAAUGGCCCAGGGCCCGAUGGUGAGCUUCUUAAAUCAUGCGCAAUUCCCACCUUCAAUCGACUUCUUGCUCUUUCGUCUCUGUAAUCAAACAUCACCUUUUCAAUAGCCGUUCUUCUCAGCUCCGUCAUUGAGAAAGCUCGCUACUAUGGAGAAGACUCGACGUGACGAUGCCUCGCCUGGCAGAGAUGCGCCAGUGCUCGAUGAGAAGCAUGUGCCAGAGAAGGAUGAUACCUUUGUUCAAGUUGCGUCUGCUACCGACUCUGAAGGACAGGUCAUGCGAACGCAUACCUUGGAAGGACACUUGAACGCUACAGAAGACGAUAUUCUGGAGGCCAGAGAGCUUGCUGCGUCUUUCAGCUUGGAACAAGUUCAGGCUGUAUGUACUUUGUUUCCACCCACGCCGGAUGUCUGCUUACAGUACUGCAGAUGAUGAAGAACGUUUUGGCAAUUCACGAUGGUGAUCCCAACUUCCCCUUCAUUACCCUCCAGAAAAUCAAAGAAUUUCUGUCAAACCCCAACAUUGCCGACAACCCUGAGAAGCAUGAAGACAUCAUUCAGGAGAUGAAGCUUGAGGCGGCUCUCAUUACCAACAACAGUCCCUACGCUGAAGUCCGCGCUGUCGUGGACAACCGCGACGACCCUAAUACCCCGGUUUCUACCAUCCGUGCCUGGACUAUUGGUAUCAUCUUUUCCGUCUUCCUCGCUUUUGUGAACCAACUCUUCAGUAUCCGUCAACCAAGUAUCCGUUUUGAUACCAAUGUUGCCCAGUUGCUCGCUUUCCCACUCGGCAAGGCCUGGGAAAAGUUCAUGCCCAACGCCGAUAUACCUCUCCCCUUCACCAACAUCAAGAUACCUCUCAACCCCGGACGUUUCAACAGAAAAGAGCAUAUGCUCAUUGCCAUCAUGGCCAACACGUCCAGGAGUGCACCGUACACCAAUUACAUCAUCUGGACUCAAGUUCUCCCCUUCAUGUUCAACCAACAGUAUGCUCGAAGCUUCGGCUACAUGUUCCUUAAUGCCUUUGGUACCAACUUCAUUGGUUACGGCCUUGCUGGUCUAACCCGAAAGUUUCUCGUUUACCCAUCCUACUGUGUCUGGCCGACAUCCCUAGUCACGAUUGCCCUGAACACUGCCCUCCACAACGAAGAGAACCACAGCGUCAUUGGCCCCUUUAAACAAGUUUGGCACAUGUCCCGCUACAAAUUCUUCUUGGUUACCUUUGCUGCCAUGUUCUGCUACUUCUGGUUCCCCAACUACCUUUUCGAGGUUCUCUCCUACUUCAGCUGGAUGACCUGGAUUGCGCCCAAGAACAUGCAUCUCGACAUCCUCACUGGCUUCAAGAAUGGACUUGGUUUGUUCAACCCCGUCCCCACAUUUGACUGGAACAUUGUCUGCUUCACCUAUGAUCCUCUGAUGGUGCCUGCUUUCUCCAGCUUCAACGCUUCUGGUGGCAUGUUCAUCACUGGCUUCCUCAUUCUUGCUGUUUGGUACACAAACACCUGGAACACCGCCUAUCUGCCCAUCAACACGAACCGUACCUAUGAUCACUUUGGCAAGACGUACAAUGUCUCGCGUACCAUUGAUGCCCGUGGUAUGUACGAUGAGACCAAGUACAGAGCGUACUCUGCCCCGUACAUGAGUGCCGCCCAGAGUCUCUGCUAUGGUUUUUUCUUUGCUGUCUACGCUGCCAUUGUUACCCACGUCUUGCUGUACCACCGUUACGAGCUUGUCAUGGGCUUCCGAAACCUCUGGGAGGGCUUCAAGUGGAAGAAGAACAAGAAGAAUGGCGAGGGCAACGCUGAUGCUGAUGGCACCGUCCGUGCCAACGCUGGUGAAUACAAGGAUGUCCAUAACCGUCUCAUGGCCGCCUAUCCUGAGGUAUCUGAAUGGUGGUACAUGGGUGUCCUACUAAUCUCUGUGGCCUUUGGUAUUGUUGGUAUUACUUGCUGGCCAACCUACACGUCCCCUGCCGUCGUAUUCUACGGUAUUUGGCUCUGCUUGAUCUUCGUCAUCCCCGUCGGUAUCGUCUAUGCCAUGACUGGUAUUGAAGUUACCCUCAACGUCCUGGCUGAAUUCAUUGGUGGUAUGAUUGUUGAGGGUAACGCGCUGGCCAUGAACUUCUUCAAGUCCUAUGGCUACGUCACCUGCGCUCACGCACUGUCCUUUGCAAACGAUUUGAAGAUUGCCCACUACGUCAAGAUCCCCCCUCGAGUCACUUUUGCUGGCCAGAUUAUCGCUACCCUCAUCUCCACCAUUGUCUGCACUGGUGUCAUGAAGUUUCAGAUCGACAUCAAGGAUGUCUGCACAGCCAGCGCCUCCAUGCGAUUCUUGUGCCCUGGUCCUAACACCUUCUUCACAGCCUCUAUCCUCUGGGGUACCAUUGGCCCUAUCAAGGUGUUCGGCAAGGACGGACAGUAUGCAUGGUUGCUCAUGGGCUUCCCUAUUGGCAUCCUGAUCGUUACCGGCGCCUGGGGUCUCAAGAAGCUGUACCCCAACUCUUCUGCCCUCCGCCAGAUCCAUGUCGUCGCUGCUCUCGCUGGUAGUCUUCAGUGGGCUCCUUACAGCUACUCUUACUCGUUCCCUGCCGUCCCUGUUGCUUGGUUCUCCUGGAUCUACAUCCGCAAGCGCUACCUCGCUUUCUGGUCCAAGUACAACUUUGUGCUCUCGGCAUCUUUCUCCUCUGCCAUCGCCAUCUCGGCUAUCGUCAUGCUCUUCUCCGUCCAGUGGGUUGGUAUUGAGAUUCCAUGGUGGGGUAAUGAGCAGGCAAGCGUAGGUUGUGAGGCCAAGGCUUGCACUCUGAAGCAGCUCAGCACUGGCGAGCGCUUCUACCCCUGGUGGGACGGAACGAAGGUUCCUGCCCCCUAAGGCACUGCGAUCUAAAGUUGAAAAUCUGAUUUGAAUGUAUAUGUUAGCGGAUGAGAGAAAUGUUGUUACGAGUUGCAUAGCGUUCUUAAUCUGUUUGGAACGAUUUGCCGUUAAGUUUUGGUUAUUUCAUAGUUCAAUAAUAUGAUGAUAUCAUGUUGUUUCUUUAAACAUUAUGCUUCUUAAGACACUUGUGCACUUUGCAA